AUGUGGCGGGCGCUGAGGGGGCUGCGGGGCAGCGGGCGGAGAUGGCAGCACUGUUCAGCCCUGGAGGUGACCAAUGAGCCCAUCCUGGAGUUCAAACCAGGGAGCCCUGAGCGAGCAGCGCUUCAGAAGGCUCUUGCUGACCUGAAGGGCAAGACAGAAGCCAUCCCCUGUGUGGUUGGGGGAGAGGAGGUGUGGACGUCAACAGUGCGGUACCAGCUGUCGCCAUUCAAUCAUGCACACAAGGUGGCCAAGUACUGCUAUGCUGACAAGGAGCUCAUUAACAAAGCCAUUAAUGCUGCCUUGGCAGCCAGGAAGGAAUGGGACCUGAAACCUGUCCAGGACCGAGCCCAGAUCUUCCUGAAGGCAGCUGACAUGCUGAGUGGCCCCAGGCGAGCAGAAGUGCUGGCCAAAACCAUGAUUGGGCAGGGUAAAACUGUGAUCCAGGCGGAGAUCGACGCCGCUGCCGAGCUCAUUGACUUCUUCCGAUUCAACGCCAAGUAUGCCCUGGAGCUGGAGAAGAGCCAGCCCAUCAGCGUGGACAUCAGCACCAACAGCAUGGUCUACAGGGGGCUGGAGGGGUUCGUGGCAGCCGUCUCGCCCUUCAACUUCACUGCCAUCGGUGGCAACCUGGCAGGGGCUCCAGCACUGAUGGGAAACGUGGUGCUGUGGAAACCCAGUGACACCGCCCUGCUCUCCAGCUACGCCGUCUACAAGAUCCUGCUGGAGGCUGGGCUGCCUCCCAGCGUGGUGCAGUUCCUGCCUGCGGCCGGGCCGGAGUUUGGGGACACCAUCACCAGCUCCCAGCACCUCUGCGGCAUCAACUUCACCGGCAGCGUGCCGACUUUCAAGAGGCUCUGGAAGCAGGUGGCUGAAAACUUGGAUCGCUACCGCAAUUUCCCACGCCUGGCUGGAGAGUGCGGGGGGAAGAACUUCCACCUGGUGCACAGCUCGGCCGAGGUGGGCAGCGCCGUGAACGGGACCCUGCGCUCCGCCUUCGAGUACGGCGGCCAGAAGUGCUCCGCCUGCUCCCGCCUCUACGCCCCGGACUCGCUGUGGCCCCAGAUCAAAGAGAAGCUGCUGGAGGAGCACAGGAAGAUCAAAGUGGGAGACCCCACCCAGGACUUUGGGACCUUUUUCUCUGCAGUGAUUGAUGACAAGUCUUUUGCCAGGAUCAAGAAGUGGCUGGAACAUGCCAAGAGUUCUCCCAACCUCACCAUCCUGGCAGGAGGAGGUUGUGAUGACAGUGUUGGGUACUUCGUCGAGCCCUGCAUCGUGGAGAGCAAAGACCCACAGGACCCCAUCAUGAAAGAGGAGAUUUUUGGCCCUAUCCUGACCGUGUAUGUGUACCCUGAGAAGAAGUACAAGGAGGUGCUGGAGCUGAUCGACACCACCACACCCUAUGGCCUCACGGGGGCGCUCUUCGCCCAGGAGAAGAGGAUCAUCAAGGAAGCCAGGAGCCUUCUGCGCCAUGCAGCUGGCAACUUCUACAUCAAUGAUAAGUCCACAGGGGCUGUGGUGGCUCAGCAGCCCUUCGGAGGCUCACGCAUCUCAGGCACCAAUGACAAACCUGGGGGUCCCCACUACAUCCUGCGCUGGACGUCCCCCCAGGCCGUCAAGGAGACACACGUGCCCCUGAAGGACUGGCGCUACGCCUACAUGCAGUGAGGGUGCCUG